UCAGAAUAGAAGUUAAAGAGGGUAUUUCUACUCGUCGUAUCCUUUAUAUGGAAAUCAUAGGACAGGGGGCCAUCCCCCUGACUCGUAUUGACGAGAAUUUAACUUCACGAGAAAUUGAACAAAAAGCUGCAGAAUUGGCCUAUUUCUUGCGUGUACCAAUUGAAUUACUUUGAAAAAAAGAAAUGAAACUGAAAAAAUGAAUGCUUUCUUCGGAAAAAGAGAUUUUGUUUUGAUAGAAGGGGCCCUCUUUGGAUUCGAAAUCCGACUAAUAUUCAUUACGCGAAGUGUUCCUCCGUGUAUUCAUUAAAAGGUCUAAUUGCUUCGAAUCUUAGUAAUUGAUGUCCUUUGAUGAAAGAAAAUAAUAUUGUAUUUUUUCGUCAUGCCAAAAUUGGCAGUGGAUUCUUUCGAUUUUUAGUCUAUUUCUUUAUUGUUUCUAAAUUCAAGAACUAAUUCCCGAAUUGAAAAUAAAAAAAACGCGGGAAUAGAUUAUAGAUUUUCUAUGACUUGUAAUAGAACUUAUGCUUGAUAGAAACAUUAUUAUCAUCCUAUAUAGUUGACGGAUGAGAUAAAGCCGAAGCUGAGUUCGUUCAUUAAAUAAAGACGAAAAAUGGCAAAAAAGAAAGCAUUCAUUCCCCUUCGAUAUCUUACACCUAUAGUCUUUUUGCCCUGGUGCAUCUCUUUCACAUUUCAAAAAAGUCUGGAAUCUUGGGUUACUAAUUGGUGGAAUACUAAGCAACCUGAAAUUUUCUUGAAUAUCAUUCAAGAAAAGAUUAUUCUAAAAAAAUUCAUAGAAUUCAAGGAACUAUUCCUCUUGGAUGAAAUGCUAAAGGAAUACCCGGAACUACGUUCACAAAAUCUUCGUACCAAAAUAUACAAAGAAACCAUCCAAUUGAUCACGACGCACAACGAGGAUCGUAUCCAUGCAAUUUUGCAUUUCUCGACAAACAUACUUAGUUUUGUUAUUCUAAGUGGUUAUUCCAGUCUGGGUAAUCAAGAACUUCUUAUUCUUAACUCAUGGGUUCGAGAAUUCCUAUAUAACUUAAGUGACACAAUAAAAGCUUUUUCCAUUCUUUUAUUAACAGAUUUAUGUAUAGGAUUCCAUUCGACCCAUGGGUGGGAACUAAUGAUUGGUUCUCUCUAUAAAGAUUUUGGAUUUUCUCAGAAUGAUCAAAUUAUAUCUGGUCUUGUUUUCACAUUUCCAGUCAUUUUAGAUACUAUUAUAAAAUAUUGGAUUUUCUGUUAUUUAAAUCGCGUAUCUCCAUCACUUGUCAUGAUUUAUCAUUCAAUGAAUGACUGAAAAAAAGAUCCGCGG